AAGUGAUCAGCUCUGGACACAACAAGUUUUACCUGCAUUGGGUGUGGCACCCAUGGAUGGUCAUUCUGCUUUUGGUCAGGCAGAGUGUGGACAGGACAAGGUCAUCUUUACUUGCAGGGCAAAGGGAGGCAGAUCCUUAUCUCUGCAGUACUUAGUUCUUGCAGUGCAGAGCCAUCUGUGAGAAAUGGAAGGGUACAUCCUCGUGUCACAGUGUUUCAGACGUGCAGGAUCUCUAAAGUGCUUAGAAACUCCUGCAGGUUUACAAGAGAACAAAUGAGAUGGAUCGCAAACUUAAAUGAAAUAGAAUCUAAAAAGGGAAUGAAUACUGUAUACCCAGACAGCAAUAAACGUUCAGCUGCAGACCACUGAAAGAAAUCUAUAGACCACCAGUGUGGGAAACCUCAGCUUUAAGCUCUAAAUGAUUCAACAUUUGUUCCCUCUGAUGACACCGCGAAUCUGGGAAUGAAGAACUUCUUAGAGCUGAUUGGAAAUGGCAUUGCGGAGCUGAAACUGAACUGGAGGAAAUAUAUCUCCUGAAGAAGAAAAUAUAAUGCACUGUAAGGAUCUGUCUUCUGGUGAAAAAUUCAAGCCUAGAGAAAACUUGUCCGCUUUGUUAGGAAGAAUGGGUUGGACAAUUUUCUUCAGUUCCAAAGGAUAUCUGAAUGCCAUGCUGAGCUUAAUCUCUGCAGCAUGCUCUGUGCUUCUCAUCUCUUCCUGAUGCACUGCAUGGUUAUUCUGAAGGGGAGGAUAAAGAAACUGGCCACCAAGAUGGUAAUCACUAGUGGAAAUGAAGAAGAUAAAGGCAGUCAAGAAAAGGAAAGCAAAGAAGAAACCAUCUUGGCAAUGCUUGGAAUUAUUGGGACAAUUCUGAACCUCAUUGUGAUCAUUUUUGUGUAUAUUUAUACAACGUUGUAAACUAGAAGGCAUGCAAAUAGACCAGAUAAAACGGCCAUUAAGAGUGACAACAAACAUUGCUGACUAUUGACAAGUUCUUUAAUCAGAAUUGACUCUGUAUUAUAUUAACACAUCAUAAAAGCACUGCCUGAAGGCAGUGAAGACUGAAGCACAAUUAAUUGAACAAGACUUUUUCACACAGUAAUAAGCUUAACUCUUCUUCCUGCCCUCUCCCUUUCAGUUUGGUUUUCAGUUUGGGGGAGAAUGACUGCAGUUAUAUAAGUUGUAGGUUUGAAGAAAUCCACCAGGGAUAUGUUGUUUUAAAACAAUUUAAAAAAAAAGGAAAAGAAAAUAAAAUACAAGAAAGGAAAAAAAAAAGGAAAAGAAAGAAACUGUAAACUAUAUAUAAUUAGAAAUGUAUGCUGUAUACCCGCAAAGAUUGAACUCAAAGAUAGCUUCAUAGCACAGAUCACGUGUCUGUUAGGUCAAAUGGUUUUUUCUCUUGGUUUUUGCUUUUACUUACAUUGAAUCUGACAAGCUUUUUAUUUAGAAUGAACAUAUGGUGCAAUCAUGAAAAAAACAAUUCUGUUGAGCAAGGUCUGCCUAAACCUGAUAAAAUGUUGGGAGAAAUACAUUACUUGGUUAUUUUUCCUUUCUCAUUUGCUUAACAUCUGUGUCUGUUCAUACCAAUGUUUAUAAAUAUAUAUUUUUAAUAAAUGUGCUAUAUUUUUAGCAUGAACCAAA